AUGAAGAUCAUUCCUUUCUGGGUGCCAGUCGCCCUAAUCCGCUUUCUACCAGUCCUCGCUCAAACAACCCCAACUCCCAGCUCCCCAGCACCGAGCUGCAAAGCUUCCCUCGUCGCCAGUCUCUGCAGCUAUCCAACACCGGGUCUCGAUUUCGCCGUCGCCAGCGACAGCAGAGCCUCCUGCUGGGACUAUUGCAAUGCCCACCCCCCCUGCAACUUUGUCAUCUUCGCUGCCGGCAACCCCCUCACGGGCACAGGCACCUGCUGGCUGUACCCAGGUGAAAGCUUCGAUGUGAGCGCCGGCAGCUCUGACUGCGCCAACCCCUAUUUGUCUGUCUACGGCCAGCCUGUGUGCCCCGGCAGCGGCACACCCACUUCAGGCAACUGCGCAGCAACUGCGACACCCACCGCUGUCGCGUCGGUUUGCGGGUAUCCGACACCACCUGAUAACUGCUUUAGCACUUGUACUGCUAGUGAGGGUGCAUCGGACUGUUUAAGUCAAUGUGCAAAGGCCGAUUCCUGCAGUUACAUCGUCUUUAAUCCACAUAACCCAGACAAUUCACCCUAUUCUUUGGGUACUUGUUGGAUGUAUCCGAGUGGUUCCUACGACGCUGGAGCUGCGACUACUUGCAGUGGCCCGCCUGAGCAGUUUGUGUAUAACAACGUGUGUCCUAAGCCAUCGCCUUCCUCGUCAUCUGCUUCAUCAUCUGCUCCAGUACCAUCUAGUGCGGCAUCUAUUAAUAGCACCGAAGCUUCUACAAAUAGAAUUGCUGGAACUAGAACUGCUGGAACUGGAAGUACUGCAAGUGAAACUGUUGGUGCUGGGACUGUAGUUGCUGCUGCAGCAUUGGCCACUACCACUAUAUUACUGUAGUAUUAUUAAGUUAUAGUACAACUCUCUUUAAGUUGUAGUAUAAGUUAACAUAAAAUUGCCGAUUAUAUU